AGAUCAGAAAGAUACAAGUGAAAAAUGCAGGCCGGAAAGAAUGCAGCGGCGUCGGUGAAGGAGUCUGCGGCGAACGUAGCGGCGUCGGCGAAGGCUGGGAUGGAGAAGACCAAGGCCGCCGUGCAAGAAAAGACCGAGAGGAUGACUACACACGAUCCAGUGCAAAAGGACAUGGCCACUCAGAAGAAGGAAGAGAGGGUGAACCUAGCCGAGAUCAGCAAGCAGGAGGCGCGUGAGCAGAAUGCGGCAUCAAAACAAGCGGCGGCCACCGGUGGAACUCAGUCCUACACCGCCACCGGAGCCACCGGGCACCACCCAACCGGUGGGGCGCAUCCUAUGUCCACCACGCCAGGCUUUGGCGCCGGGACUGGACACUCCACCGGUCAAGUCACUGAAGGUGGUGUUGAGUCCCACCCUCUUGGGACAGCCACCGGGACUGGGAGAAGCGCCACCGCUCGCAACGCCGGUUUGGGCGGAACCGGUGGCACUUACAGUGCAUAAAUUUGGGUUACGAUUCCUCGUACAUGCCUAAGAACAUUAGCGUUUGUUGUCUAGUGAUGUCUUGUGGGAAGUGUGUUUGCUGUUUCUGUGUUGCUUUAGCUGUUAAUUUUAUGUAAUGUUUGGUACUUGCAGUUGAUUAAAU